UCUUUUCCUCCCUCCCCCUCGUCUUCCAGUGUAGUGCGUUGAUUUCAUACCAAAGUCAUACUUAGCAUUCCACGUAUACUGUCAAACCGCUGACUAAAUAUUAGGCUAAACAAAACGGUGGAAUUAGCUACAAAAGAGGCCAAAAUUGAGCAAGUUGCUAAGCGCACAGCAAGCGCCUCGACUGGGAAUUUACAAAAAGCAUUUCUCCACCAGCACACCAACAACCAUUUGGAGCAAAUAUACUCGACUUAGAGUCUUGUUUGGACCUCAGCAUUUUGUUAAGCUCUCCUAUACAUCUUUUGAUAUUGGGGCUCGGGGUCGGGCCCAGGGGGAGCCGCCACCAUUGCGUCCAACGAGUGGAGUGCCAACGGUAGCCCAGAAGAUGGGCUGGACGGGGACAAUGAGGACAAGGCCAUUGACGGGGACGCCGAGGGAGUGUGGAGCCCGGAUAUUGAGCAGAGUUUUCAGGAGGCCCUUGCUAUCUACCCUCCCUGUGGCCGGAGGAAAAUCAUCCUGUCGGACGAGGGCAAGAUGUAUGGUCGCAAUGAAUUGAUAGCGCGGUACAUCAAGCUGAGGACGGGCAAAACUCGCACGAGGAAACAGGUGUCUAGUCACAUACAGGUGUUAGCACGGAAGAAAGUUCGUGAAUACCAGGCGGGUAUCAAGGUUUCUAGCCACUUGCAGGUUCUCGCCCGGAGAAAAUCUCGCGAGAUCCAGUCAAAGCUAAAGGCAAUGAAUUUGGAUCAGGCAUCUAAAGACAAAGCCCUGCAGAACAUGGCAGCACUAUCGUCUGCGCAGAUCGUCUCGCCGAUGAAAAAUCAUCUUCCGCCACUACCCCCUGCUCCCUACCAAACAGGCAGAUUCUGGUCGGCACCGAUGCCGGGACAGCCUGGACCUUCUCAGGAGCUGGUUCUAGAUCUCAACCCGGGAAGGACUCCUGGGCUUGGCCGCACCAGCCAUGCUAUCAAACCUUUUGCACAGCCUCCAUACCCGAGCCUAUCAGGUCCAGUACCACAGUCCAUACCAAGUUAUGAGCCCUUGGCACCGCCUUCCGCACCCUCCGCCACAGCGGUGCCGGUGUGGCAGGACCGGACUAUUGCCUCCUCCAAGUUGCGCAUGUUGGAAUACUCGGCCUUCAUGGAGGUUCAAAGAGACCCAGACACUUACAGCAAACACCUGUUUGUCCACAUAGGACAGACCAACCCCUCCUACAGCGACCCCCUCCUGGAGGCUGUGGACAUCCGGCAGAUCUACGACAAGUUCCCUGAGAAGAAGGGUGGCCUUAAGGAGCUUUACGAGAAAGGCCCCCAGAAUGCUUUUUUCCUCGUUAAAUUUUGGGCCGACCUGAACAGCAGCGGCAUGCAGGAUGGCCCAGGUUCUUUCUACGGCGUCACCAGCCAGUACAGUAGCAUUGAGAAUAUGACCAUCACUGUUUCCACCAAAGUCUGCUCCUUUGGGAAGCAGGUUGUGGAGAAAGUAGAGACAGAGUAUGCCCGCCUGGAGGGGGGAAAGUGUGUUUACAGGAUCCACCGCUCCCCCAUGUGCGAGUACAUGAUCAACUUCAUCCACAAACUGAAACACUUGCCUGAAAAAUACAUGAUGAACAGUGUUCUUGAAAACUUCACCAUCCUCCAGGUGGUGACGAACCGUGACACCCAGGAGACUCUGCUGUGCAUAGCGUUUGUGUUCGAGGUGUCCACGAGUGAGCACGGCGCUCAGUACCACGUCUACAGACUUGUGAAGGACUAACACUCGCAGGACGUCUUGUGACGAGCCAGACAAAACAGUGAAACACAAUCUAUCCCUCUUCAGCCAGCUCGACUAAGCCAGGAAAGCCUGGAAUGACAUUCAAACGACGCUAGAGUAAACCAACAAGGGGACGUUUUUGGCUUCAAAACACACACACACAAGGAAUAAAACACAUUUAUCAGACCAGUAGCUUGUGUCUAAACACGCUUUUUAGAUGAAGUGGAGGUAUGUGAUAGAGAUUGAAAUGAUUCUUGAGGGAGUGAGGAGGUGCUUAAGCGAAUGAGAAGACUCUUCUGACAGGAUUACUCGGAGCAAUAAGUGCAAGAACUGGACCAUGGAGGAGCCAAGUGGUGUUUGCAGUAGGUUUUGUUAGGAAAGACAAAGUGCCUUUUUCCUCCAAAGAUGAUAUCAUUGCCUGCCACUUUUGAUUGCCUUUUGUACUACCUCUUGUAUUUUUUUAAACGAGCAGAUCCUCAUCAGACAAUUGGACAUACAAACCCCUCAGAUGUUAGUUUUUAACACUCUUUCCUCCCCAGUUAUCCUACUUGUUAUACAGUGAGAAGACUUUGCAUUUUAGCCUUUAUUUUGGUACUGCCUGUCUGUUUUAAUACACAAAAUCAGGUCUUACAAAUGUUUCUUCUGCCUGCUUGCCUUACGUAAAGCCAGCGCUUUGCCUCCCUCCCUUUAUAACCCCUGUUACAAUAGCACCAUUUCCACCGACAUUUUCAGGAACAUUUAUUAGUCUAGGUAGUUAUUUACGUGGGUAAAUUCAUGGUAAUCUGUGUGCUUCCUCAAAAUUCCUGGAAAAUGUAUUCAAAUCAGGUCCUUCAGAAGUGCCUGGGAUUCUGAAAAGACCCACCUCACUUUUAGGUGCUUUUCCAGGGAAAGUCUGGGAUUGUGGGGAUUUUUUUUUUUUUUACCCAAAUAAAUUUGGUGGAAAAAUCCCAGGUUCCUUUCAGUGGAAAAGGAGCUAUUGGUUUAUUGGAAGAUGUGUACUUGGGCUAUAGGGGAGGGGGACAGCAGUGUUCAUGACUUUCUGCCUUGACAAAUGUAGCCUAAGUGAAAAAUACAUUGUGUUUGUACUGUGAGUCAAGUGGAUCCUAAAGGAUUGUGUGUUACAUAGGAGUAUUUUUAUUUUUAGGGUACCGUGGAGCGGGGAGGGGGGGUUAUUUGUGAUCUCAGCACAGAGAGGAAAUAUGAAAGAAUUUAAUCACUGUUUCUUUUGUUUAAAAAAGAAAUUGCAUGCUGUGAAGUCAUUCGCUUUACUCUUCACUCAAUGCCCAUAAAAGCUUAAAUGUUGAUAUUUAAGAUUUUGACAUCCAACUCAAACUGUUGUCUCUGUGCUGUGGAACAUGACAAUUGAUUGUUAUUUAUAGGGUUGGAAAGCAGAUACUUACGAGGGCGAGAGGGGUUUGACUUGAAGCAUAUUGAUCAUUUUUCAUUCGGAUGGAAAUGAUGAGUCGGUAAGUAUGGCAGGACUUCUGUUGGAUCCUGCGAGACAAGCGAAAAAGCGUCUCAGUUGGACUGUUUUUUGCCAUAAAAUCUGACAUUGAUGGAGCGCCUGCCUGCCUUUGAGUGUCGCAACCUAGACAAAAAAGAAAAAAACGCUCCUUGCUCAGUGUAUCUUUUAUACAGUUUUAUUGCCAUUACCAUUUGUGAUUUGAUUCUGUCGUCUUGACUUUCAGUGUUUGCGCUUCACUGAAAUUAAUGUGUGAUUGUGCUGAUAUUGAUAAUUAAUAUGAGAUAUCUAAUGUAUCAUAUUCUGAAUGGUGUGGGAAGGUGUUUGUUUGUUGUUGUUUUUGUUUUUGGUUGAAGGUGGUUUACUAUUGUCUUUGCUACAAUUGUAAAUUGCAAUUUUAUACUUCCAAAUAGAGGUUGGACUAUGUAAUCAAACCAAUGUAUCUAACAAUAAAAGACACAUGGUGCCUUUGGGGGCCAU